UGUUGGGAAAGUAGUAUUCAAGUGACGACAGUUCAAACAAAUACAGAGAGGUGCUUCAAGCAAAGAUGCGCGCAUUAAUUUUGAUCGCUUGUGUUUGCUGUGCUUUGGCAGCAUUGUGGCACUCCACAAAUGCUCAGGCUAUACCGCAAUCGCCACAAAAGCCAGCUAUCGAGAGUCGCUCUCGUCGUGCCGCUCAAGGACCACCACAAUCGCCACAAAAGCCAGCUAUAGAAAGUCGCUCUCGUCGUGCCGCUCAAGGACCACCACAAUCGCCACAAAAGCCAGCUAUAGAAAGUCGCUCUCGUCGUGCCGCUCAAGGACCACCACAAUCGCCACCAAAGCCAGCGAUAGAAAGUCGCUCUCGUCGUGCCGCUCAAGGACCACCACAAUCGCCACCAAAGCCAGCUAUAGAAAGUCGCUUUCGUCGUGCCGCUCAAGGACCACCGCAAGGACCGCCAGGUGGCGGUAUGGGUGGUAUGAUGGGCGCUGGCAUAGGAUUCAGCUUCGGUGGAAGCGCAGGAGGGCAGGCUGGAGGCGGCGCUCAAGGGCAAGGCGGUGGUCAAUAGUUUACCAAAAUGAAUGAAUAAUAUUGCUAUAUUAAAAAAUAUUAAUACAUCAAAAACAAAA